AUGCAGAGGACCCUGAAGUGCAGCAGGCUGGUCCUGGCUCUCUCUCUCAUCCUGGUUCUGGAAUCUUCCGUUCAAGGUUAUCCUUUGCAGAGAGCCAGGUACCAGUGGGUACGCUGCAAUCCAGAAAGUAAUUCUGCCAAUUGCAUUGAUGAAAAGGGACCAAUAUUGGACCUACUUCCAGGUGAAUCCAACAGAAUUCUUCCUCCAAGGACUGACCCUUUUUCAAAGAUGAAGUUCCAGAACUUGCAUGAUGUCUUCCCUUUUUCUGAGGACUUUUCUGGAUCAGGCUCUGGCUCCGGCUCUGGAUCGGGAUCUGGAAGUGGCUUCAUUACUGAAAUUGACCAAGAAUAUCAACCAGUGUAUGAAAACAAAGCUUUUGAUUACAAUUUUAGGCCCCUUGAGAGUAAUCUGCCUUCAGACAAACAGGACUUGGAUCAAGACGGAUUAGAAGCGGAUUUUAUAUAA